AUGAAAGUUGAUGUGGAAGUGGUUUCUAAUGAGAUUAUCAAGCCCUCAUCUCCAACCCUCGACCACCUUCGCCAUUACCAACUAUCUUACCUUGACCAACUCUCUCCCCAUACAUACAAUCCUUUAGUCUUAUUUUAUGAGUUAGAUCAUGAUGAUGAUGAUCAUCAUGAUCAUAAUAAGUCCAAAAUCAACGAAAUGUCAAAUAAGAUUAAGAACUCUUUAUCGGAGGUCUUAACUCUCUUUUACCCUCUAGCCGGGCGAGUCAAGAACGACCGUUUCAUUGACUGUAACGACGAGGGAGUUUCUUACACAGUCACCCGAGUCAAAUCCCCGUGCCAUCUUUCCCAAGCCAUAAAGAAUCCCCUCCCGACUGAACUCUGCAACUUCCUUCCCUUCCAACUCCAUGAACUCAAUAAAUUCCCCAUAGGAGUCCAACUCAAUGUCUUCGAUCGUGGUGGAGUUGCUCUUGGCAUAUGCAUUUCACAUCAGAUUGCUGACGCGCUAUCCUGCAUAUUCUUCAUCAAAACUUGGAUGGCCAUGGCUCGCGGAGAAGCAAAUCAUAUAGCACAUCCUGAAUUCGUUUCGGCAAAGCUUUUCCCGCCGUUGGAUGAUCCCAACUACGAUCCAAAGAUCGGAAUCACGAGAGAGGUCAUAUCAAAGAGGUUUGUAUUUGAAGCCUCUACUAUAGAGACGAUUAGGUCAAAGUACGAGCAAAAAACAAGAAUGGAGGGGGAGAGACGGCCGUCUCGAGUGGAGGCCUUGUCUGCUUUCAUUUGGAGUCGUUUCUUGGCGGCAACCAGUUGUGAUGACGACGACGAACGUUGUGCCACAGCCGAGAAAGUUUACGCGGUGGUUCAUCCUGUAAAUCUUCGUCGAAAGUUAGAUCCGCCGCUACCGGACCAUUCUUUUGGAAACCUUUAUCGGAGUAGCAUCGUUCUAUUGCCUUCAACGAGCUUAAGUUCUUCUGAGGAAGAGGACUGCGGUUACGAGGUGAUGAAGCAAAUAAGGGGAGGGUUUAAAAAGAUGGACGUGGAUUAUCUGAGAAAGGUUCAAGAAGGAGAGGAUGAAGGCUUACAACAUCUUAUGAAAUAUGCAGAAGAAUUAUUCAUGAAAGGGGGUCAGUUGAUUUCGUUUAGUUUCACAAGUUUAUGUAGGUUUCCUAUCUAUGACGCUGACUUUGGUUGGGGUAAGCCAGCCUGGGUCAGCUCAGCCUCUUUGACUUUCGAUAAUCUUGUGGCUUUCAUGGACACUCGAACGGGGAAUGGAAUCGAAGCAUAUGUUUCAUUGAAGGAAGAAAAUAUGGUUAAGCUUGAAGACGACAAGGAGUUCCUUAAAGCCGUUUCUCCACUCUGA